AUGGCCGAGAUCUAUAAUGAGCCGGCUGAUCCCAUCGUCAGGGGAACGUUCGCGACAGCCAAGCAAUCCUGGGGUGACCUUUUCAAAUGGAAGCAACGAGUCGCCGUUACCAAUGAUGACGGCGAGACGUACUGCGAGUGGCAGUCACCUCGCCCCCUGAGAAACCCCAUCAGCCUCUUUGCGCAGCUCAGCGCUCGCGACUGGCUCUUCUUCCUCGUCGGUUUGGCAGCAUGGACCGCCGACGCCUUCGACUUCCACGCGCUGUCCAUCCAGACCGUCAAGCUGGCCAAGUAUUACCACACCAGCAAGACAAACGUCACCACCGCCAUCACGUUGACCCUCCUUUUGCGUUCCGUUGGUGCCGCCAUGUUCGGCCUGGCCGGUGACAAGUUUGGUCGAAAAUACCCCAUGGUCAUCAACAUGAUCAUCCUGGGCCUGUUGCAAGUCGCCACGAUCUACAGCUCGACCUUUUCCCAGUUCCUCGCAGUCCGAUCUCUCUUUGGCCUCUUCAUGGGCGGUGUGUACGGCAACGCCAUCGCCAUGGCCCUCGAGAACUGCCCUGUCGACGCUCGCGGUCUGAUGUCCGGCAUCCUCCAACAGGGGUAUUCGCUGGGCUACGUGAUCGCCGCGUCUUGCAAUCUAGGUGUCGGCGGGAGCACCGACUCCUGGAAGACGGUAUUUUGGAUCGGCACCGGCCUGUCCAUCGCCGUCGGCCUGAUCCGUUUGAUGUUCCCAGAGUCCAAGCAAUUCGUCGCCGCAAAGAAAGCAGGUGCAGGCCACUCGUCCCCGAGGGCGUUCUGGAUCGAGACGCGCAAGAUGCUCGCCCAGGAAUGGCGCAUGUGCGUGUACUGCAUCAUCCUCAUGACUUGGUUCAACUACUACUCGCACACCAGCCAGGACAGCUACACGACAUUCAUGCUCACGCAAAAGGAGCUGAACAACGCCGCCGCCAGCCGAGCCAGCAUCAUUAUGAAGACGGGCGCAUGCGUCGGCGGCACCAUCAUCGGCUAUAUCUCGCAAUGGUUCGGGCGUCGACGCGCCAUCAUCGUGUCUGCCCUCGUUUCAGGGCUUUUGAUCCCCGCUUGGAUUCUCCCGACUACUGAGCGUAGUCUAUCUGCAACCGGGUUCUUUAUGCAAUUCUUUGUCCAAGGCGCAUGGGGCGUGAUCCCAAUCCACCUCAACGAGCUUUCGCCACCCGCCUACCGGUCCUCGUUCCCCGGCAUCACGUACCAACUAGGUAACAUGAUCUCUUCGCCUUCCGCGCAGAUCGUCAACGCGAUCGCCGAGAAAAUCACCGUCACCGCCGUCGACGGCGAACCCGCCCCCGCGUACGGCCCUACGAUGGGCAUUGCGACGGCAAUCAUCGCAAUAGGAAUCGCCGUGACGACCGCGUUUGGCCCCGAACGACGAGGACGACAAUUUGAACUCGCGAAGCCCGCCGGCGUCACCACCGAGAUGCAAGGCCAGGGGAAACUCGACGUCGAGAACCAACUCACCAUCGCGGAGAGGGAGAAGGAGGAGGUGGGACAGUUGGAGAACGUCAAUGUCCCGGAGAAGCACUAG